UGACAUGUAAGAAACGAUCUAGUAGUGGCAUAGAAUGGAUGAGUGUAGUGGAGGUGGAGCUGAAGAAGAGUUGUUGGAUUUUUAACUUAACCGCCGUUUGGGUCUGCUUCCCACCGCAUCUGGUGCGGUCUGUAAUAUUACAAUUUUGAUGAAGGUAAGUAUUGUACACCGUUUGUUCCUCCAUUCAUUCUAAUUCCUAUUCCAAUUUUGUACUUGGAAUACAAACACACACUCCUCUUCCCUCUUCGCAAUUCUUCACCUCCAAUUCGCAUUGUCGUUUGCAGCAAGCGAGCCUCGCCAAUUAAGGAUAAUUUUCUUCUAGUAAUAAGGUGAAAUGGAGGAUGGUGAGAAACCGAAAGAAAAUUCACAUGCUAAUUCCGAUAUGGAGGUUGUUGAUUCCACUUCGCAAAGUCAACACGUGGCUUUCCCUGCGCACGUGCCAGCUCCCAAUUCCCCUGCUCCGCUACAGCAGGAUCAAGUAAUGGUUGAUCAGGGUAAUGGGAACAAAAACGGCGAUUCUGCUCCUAUUUCUGUGCCUGAAACCAAAAUAAUUAGUGAGAAUCAGCUUGAAUUUGAAGAUGUUAAAACCCUAUCGCGUCAGGAACUGAUCACUCCAAAGCCUAAAGAAAAAAAUGUCAGAGAAAUGAAGAACGUGCUAAACGAUGCUGAGAUGACCGAUUAUGAUGAGUCUGGUACGGUUCUGGAACGAGAAGCAUUUAUGAAAGAGCUGGAGAUUUUCUACCGAGAAAGGUCCUUGGAAUUUAAGCCUCCUAAAUUUUAUGGGGAGCCACUUAAUUGCUUAAAGCUAUGGAGAGCUGUUAUCAGACUAGGUGGCUACGAUGUGGUAACUGGAUCCAAGCUGUGGCGGCAAGUAGGAGAGUCUUUCCACCCCCCCAAGACUUGCACUACAGUCUCAUGGACAUUUAGAAUCUUUUAUGAGAAGGCACUAUUAGAGUAUGAAAAGCAUAAGAGAGAGAUUGGGGAGCUACAACUCCCUGUUGGAUCAUUCCAUCAAUCUUCAAGUGUGGAAAAAGAGACUGCUGUUUACCAGGCUUCAGGCUCAGGUAGGGCACGAAGGGAUGCUGCAGCACGUGCAAUGCAAGGUUGGCAUGCUCAGCGCCUUCUUGGAUAUGGUGAGGUUGCUGAGCCAGUUAUUAAGGACAAGAGCUUCAGUUCCACGCCAAAGCGUGAAAAGAACCUCAAAAGUAUUGGUGUGAUUAAUAAACAAAGAACACCAUCCAGUCUGGAGCAUACUGAGAAAACUGCAAAUAUUGAAGGAGAUAGACAACUGGUCACAGCAGUGGUGGACAUUGGACCCCCAGCUGACUGGGUGAAGAUCAAUGUGCGGGAAACUAAGGAUUGUUUUGAGGUGUAUGCACUGGUUCCUGGACUCCUUCGUGAGGAGGUGAGAGUCCAAUCAGAUCCAGUUGGACGUCUUGUUAUAACUGGUCUGCCAGAACACGUUGACAAUCCAUGGGGAAUAACCCCCUUCAAAAAGGUUGUGAACUUACCUGCAAGAAUUGAUCCGCUUCAGACAUCUGCUGUUGUUAGUUUGCAUGGUCGACUAUUUGUACGCGUACCUUUUGAGCAGGGAGCUUUGUGAAAUUUUCCUCCCUUGAAUGAUUGGUUUCUCAAAUCACCCCUUAAGGGGUAAAAAUUUUCUGAACAAUCAGGGCAUGGUUAUUUAUGUUUGGAAAUAGUGUAGCCCCGUUGGAUUAGAUGAAAUUACUACCAACUUUACAUUUUUUUUAAGGUAAAAGCACCCAAAAUCACUAAUACAAUAUGCAAGAUUUUCCGUCUAAAAAAAAACUUUUUUUCCUUUUAACACUUCUUUGCUGGCGCAUAAUUAGUUUGAGUCCAAGUAGUUAGAGGAAUCUUUACGAAAAUGCUAAAUGAGCAAAAUGACAGUCUGACAAGAGGACACUCAAAUGUCAAUGUAUAAAUUCUUUCUAUUGCGUCUGGAUGUGUACAGAAAAAAUGUUCAUAUUCUGCAUCGAUCCCAAUAUAAAUCCAAUAGAUGGUUACU